CUGACAUAAAUCUCGAAACAAGCCUCAUUUCACUCGACGGGUCGCUUGCUCCAACUUAGCACCAAAACAAACCCAAAAAAAGAAAGGACAGAACAGGAAGAGCCUGCAACUUAAGCGCUCCUGCUAGUUUCUCGAUCAAGAAAAGCUCAAAGAAAAGAUGGCUCGCGGCAACCAGCGCGACAAGGCGCGUGAGAAGAACCUCAAGGCUGCCGCCAACACGAAAUCCAAGAACACCAAGACCGGCUCCGAGAUGCAACGGGACAAGGACGCUGUCGCCGCUAUUAUGAAGCAGAAGCAGGCUGCCGCCGAAGCCAAAAAGGCUGCCGAGGCAGGGGGCAAGAAAUGAGAAGAACACGCCGGAUUUUUAUUACACCACCGACACCGAACACGAAUCACGAUGUUGCAUGAUAUUAUGGCAAGAGCGGGACGGCAGUUUUCCGGGCGUCUGGAUAGAACGUCUUUCGCAUAGAUACCUCAAUGGAGCCAAUUGCAUACUAUGUUCUAUUUCGUCGCCCCCCAGUUUGAACCUCCUGGUGGUACAAACACCGCUCGAGAAUCCCUCAUUGCAGGCACUGUGAUUCUCAUGGUAGCAGCACGCCCGAACCAACUAUAUCAGAGACUCUUGUUGGGCGCGCCGCUGAACGAGUAUUUUAACAGUUGUAUCUGACAUGCGCAUUCCUCCUUGUUUGCUCGACAACCUUACACUGAAGAACGGAAUCAAAGUGUGCUAGGUUAGCCCUAGAUUUUAGUUCCUGUUUCCUCUUCCUUUUUUCUUGGGUUUUAAUUUUUUUUUAAUUUUUUUUAUAGAAUAUUAUUUAAGUUCUUUUUUCAAACCGAUGCACUC